AGGUCAGAAGACAUGCCUUCAUCUUCAUGGUAUCUUUCCUUACCUGUAUGUACCAUUUGAUGGUUAUGGCCAGCAAAACACAGAUCGUUACCUUCGCCAGGUGGCAUUCAGUAUUGACAGAGCACUUAAUGUGGCUUUAGGCAAUCCAUCUGCCAAUGUCCAGCAUGUUUUUAAGAUUACAGUGGUAUCUGGAAUACCUUUCUAUGGGUAUCAUGAAAAGGAAAGACAGUUUAUGAAGAUUUAUCUUUACAAUCCAGCCAUGGUGAAACGAGUGAGUGAACUGCUGCAAGGAGGAGCUGUAAUGAAUAAGUGUUACCAGCCUCAUGAGGCCCAUGUCCCCUACCUUCUACAGCUCUUCAUAGACUACAAUUUAUAUGGGAUGAACCUGAUAAAUCUUGCUGCUGUGAAGUUCAGACGGGCACGGAGAAAAGAGGAAGGAUCGCAAGUCUUGAAAGUUCAUGAAGAUCCCACCCAGGGAAGCUCCUUUAUGGCCACAUUUGCUCAGUGGGAAGCCGAUGAAAUUCCCAGCUCUUUACUACUGGAGGGAGUAGAACCACAGAGCACGUGUGAGCUAGAAGUUGAUGCUGUAGCUGCUGAUAUACUGAAUCGCCAGGAAAUUGAAGCUCAGAUAGGGAAGAAUCCUGGUCUGCAAGCAAUAUGGGAAGAUGAGAAACAGCGUCGCAGAGAGAAGAAACUGUCUUCGCAAAUUGGUGCACCGGAAUCACAAGAUCGUGGGUUUUUGGCUAUGACAGAAAGUGAAAGAAUGUUUCAGAAGAGACUAAAAGAAAUCCUUAAACAAAAUGACUUCUCGGUGUCCCUCUCUAACUCUAUGAACUACAGCAGCCUAUCAGAUGAGUUCUCUGUGGAAUUGACAUUACAUUCACAGUUGGAGACAACGGAGGCUAUUUCUUGUACUCCAGCUAAUGUGGUGGAGGUGCACAGGGACCAGCGGGAAAAAUCUGAGCUGUGUGAAGAUGAGGGUCGUGCAGAUGCAGUCAUUGAUGAAGAAGCCAUUUUAAAUAUUAUGGAAACAAGUCAGUGCUUCCAGCCUGUGUGUCAAAGGCUGAGCCAGUCUCCACUUUUUUUCAAUAGCAGCCAAGAUGAAGCCAUGGUGAAACUGCUUGCUGGCCUAGAAGAUGAUGGCUAUCAGAUGAAUCUGUCCAAACGCUUAUCACAAAAUACUUACUCUUCAAGACGCAGUACAAUGCAGAACAGUGAUGAUGAGGAAAAUGAGCCCCAGGUGGAGAAAGAGGAGAUGGAACUUAGCAUAUUAAUGUCUCAAAGAUGGGACAGCAACUUUGAAGAACAUGAUGCUAAGAGAAAUCUUGUUAAGAACACUGAUGGCAGCUCAUCUGAAGAAGACUCAUCAGACAGUGAAAUGGAGUGGAGUAGUAACAAGCUGCUUCUAGCAAAUCUUUCUAUACCUCAGUUAGAUGGCACAGCAGAUGAGAACAGUGACAACGCGUUGAAUAAUGAAAGCACUCUAACCCACACUUCUGUCAUUGCAAAGAGCAAGUUGUCAAUUAAACCCUCCAUCUUUCACAAAGAUGCUGCUUCAUUGGAACCACAGUCUUCUGCCAAAACUGCAUUCCAGUGUCAGCAAACAAGUGCCCUUUCAUCUAAUCAUGUACUGAAAAAAGAGGGUUUAAUAGAAGAGCUUACCCAGUCACCUGUGGAAAAGGGAGCUGAACUUUCUGUCCAUUCAUUAACAAAUGAUAGCACUUACGGUCUGAAAUAUCCAGCACCUUUUAACAAUACAGCUCAUUCAGAAAUUUUUCAUAAAGAGGGAGACAUCAAUGAAAUUGUCUCUAUUGCAGCCAGUGAGAAGAAUGUCUAUGAGGAUGGCAUCUCCUCGAUGAAUAGACAUCUGCAGUGCAGGAAAUUCACCAGCAUUAGAAAAGAUAAAGAUGCUUCUUUCUUGCACACGAACCGGCACAGCACUGAUGGAACAUUAGAUAGAACCCCACGAAGUUUUACAGAGUUAAGCAACAGCAAAGCUAAAAGGACUGCAGACACAAGUGACAAAUGUAACAUUGCCCCAAACAACAUAAUUCAUGCAGCCUUAAAUGAAAAUUGUGGUGACCGGAAUCCUUGUGUUGAUGGUAGUAGAAUCACUGUUCACCCUGUGGAUAAUGAUUUUAAUGAAGGAAGCCUUAAUAAAAUGAAGAUACGAUAUGAAGAAUUUCAAGAACACAAAGCAGAAGUUACCAGUAUUAACCAGCCGGUGACCCAUUACAAGUUUUUUCCCAGCGUUGUCCUGUCUAACUGUUUGAACCGACCGCAGAAAGCUACACCAAUGGCUUGCGUGCUUAAACAGCCUAAAAAGCAUUCACGGCUAAAGCUUGCUAAGAAAUUAAAGGCUACAGUAAGUAAAGAAUCAGCAGAUAUAAAGAGGGAAGGGGACCACCAAGAAUGUAUAGGACAUGACAGACAGACAAAUCGAUAUCAGUCUAGAACAACAUACGGUUAAAAAUGAAAAAGUGGACUGCUUAGAUUCUCAGAGCACUACAAAUGCAAGUAACAUAGAUUUGGUUAAAGACAGCAGUUAUGCCCCAGGUAAUGCUUGUAGCAAAAGUCCCCCUGAUGUUGACAGGGUACCAUCAUGUGACAUGGCUGUCAUAAUGGAUGGUGGUGCACUUCAAGGAAACGCAUGUGAAGUGAGUAGCUAUGAAUGUCCAUUUGAGGAGGAGAAUGCAGAUUCAGACCCAUCUUUAGCACUUUAUGGUAAUAAAUACACUUUAAGAACAAAACGGAAAGUCAAUUUUGAAAGUGAAGAUGGUGAUUCAAACUUGGCAGCAAAUGGCUCAAAAGCUAAUCUACCUCAACCCACCGAAGCCAAUGAAUAUGUGGUAACGUCUCAAAAAUCACGCAAACGCAGAAAGGUUUCUAAAUUACCACCAGUUAUUAUAAAAUAUAUCAUUAUCAACCGGUUCAAAGGCAGGAAAAAUAUGAAAGUUAAAUUACAAAAAAUAGAUCCCAGUGAACAGCAAGUAACACUAACAGAUGAGAAAAUAAAAUUCUAUGGUACAAUGGCACCUUUAAAAGAUUUCUGGCCAAAAGUGCCAGACUCUCCUGCAACCAAAUACCCAUUAUAUCCAGUCACACCAAAGAAAAACAGUAAAAGGAAAACUAAGCCAAAAUCUGGCAAAAAGAAGACUGGGAAAGUUCCAAAGAGUGAGAGAAAAGUUCUUAAGCAAUCCCUACCUCUGAGGAGAAAAAGGUGUCAUACUUUCCUUAUGCCCCCAAUGCCAUCCUAUAUCGAUGAAGCAAAGGAUUGUGAUACAGAAUACAAGGAUGUCAUGUCAAAACUUGGCUUUCUUACAGAACGAAGUCCUAGCCCAAUAAAUAUGUCUCCUCCACGUUGUUGGUCACCUUCAGAUCCAAGAGCUGAAGAAAUUAUAGCAAAUCAGGUUGAAGAGACUCCUCUCUUUAAACGUAUCCCUUAAGUAGUGGUAAGAAAGAAAAUGCUUCUUCUAAAAAAAGACCACGUAAAACCCAAACUACCAAGUCUAGAAAAAAACUAGCAAUAAGCCCUCAAGCAGCCAAACAAGGUAACAAAAUCAACCAGAAUGAGUUGGGCAAAGAUGGAAAAAGACCAAUGGGGAAACCUAGGCAAAAAAAAAGUGAAAAAGCUCCAAGAAAACACACAAAAAUUAAAGACUGGGACAAAAAAGGAAGUUGUGAAACAAUGGAUUUAGUGCCUCCAAUACAAGAGCAACCAGCAACUCCUACAGAUGAAGAUGACAAAUCAAACUAUUCCUCCCAGCCUUCAGAUAUUUCACUGUCUGGAUUUUCUACCGGACAUGUUCAUUCAACACAGUUGUCAUCCUGCAUCACACAGGAAGACUCACCUGACAACAAACCCUUGCUCAGUUGCCCAUCUAUGUCUGCUCUUUCUCAGAAUUCUGCUGUUCAAAAGGAGUCCAAGUCUAUACCUGUGCCUCUGCCGCCAAAUGCAAACACAGAGCCAUUCAAGAUAAGUACAAUGGGUUCACAGUUUUCUAAUGUAUUUCAAGUAAAGGAGUCAAAUGCAGCUCAAAAUGCAAUUCCAAAAUCGUUUAGUCGCACAUCUCAGGUAAUACAGAGUCCACAAUUUAUUCUGAAUUGUUCUCCUUUCGUUCAAGAAGAUCCCACAGAAGUGCAGAAAAGGCUUUUAGCAUCUGUGGGGAAAUUGCGGGACACCCAAAAUGUUCCAGACACGAUGCCUUUUGAGAAGUUGCAGUCAAAGCUUUUACCUUGCACAAUGAAUAGCCAGCAACAGCUAACAGGUUUACAAGACUCAACUAAACAUAGUGAUUCAAGUUCCUCAGAAAGUCAAUUUUCAAAAAGUUCUUUAGUGACAUCAUUAAAAAGUCCCAUAAAAAUUCCUUCUUGGAAAGAGAAAGGAGAAUUGUUUGAUGGAACAGAAUUUACUUCUCAGAAGCUGAGCCAGAAUUUUUUACCGAAUAUUUUCUCUGGAACUAAAACACUACAGAAUUCUACCAAGGCGGGUUCUUCUCAAGGAAUUUUGGAUGUACAGUCUGGCAUUGCUGUUUUAAAGGAAUUACUCCACAAAAAGCAACAGAAAGUAACCACAGAAGGAUCCCAUAUUAAACCUAAAAGCAUUCAGUCUAAUCAAACAGAACCAAAGUGCGCAAAUAUGAAAUCUGCAACACCUAACAAAAAGCCAAGGACCCCACGAAGCACAAAACCGAAAGCAGCGAAGAAUUUGAAAAUGGACUUGGUUAAAUAUCAGAGUGACCAGCAAUUGAAAAGCUCAAUUUCUGAUGGCAGCCCAGGAAUCUUUUCUGAGACGGAUUUUGAAAGCUGCUACUCUCUUGAGGACAGUUUAUCUCCUGAGCAUGCCUACUUUGAUAUCAAUUCUGUAGGGCUUUGCAGUUCAUAUACAGGCAGUCAGUUUAUUUCAGCAGACCAGCAUUUGCCGCAAAAGUUUCUGAGUGACCCUGUACCCUGCCAAGCUAUAGAUCAAGACUGUGUUAAACAGGAAAACCAAGAAACUGAGAAAAAUGUUAGAUCGUUGGACCGGAAAGUGUUAAUCAGACCUAGCUCUCUUAGUCCAGAUAUGUUUGAAAAAUCUUCUGUAGAUAUAAAAAUGAGUACCCCCUUUAGCCAUUGGAAGAAUGGAUUUCUUACCCAGAAAUUUCACAGUGCAUCUUCAACAGCAUUUACCCAGCAGUCAGAAACGUCCGAUAGUAAGAAACCUAAAAAAAGUAAACCAGGACUCCUGAAAGAGGCCUCAUUCAUUGCACCUCGGUCUGAAUGGGUUCAUUCAGAAAUGCAUACUCAAAAUAAAGAGUCAGCGUCUGAUACCUGCAGUCACCCUAACUCUAAUUCUUCCUUUAUUGGACUUGCUUCCUCUCCUGAAAAUGAUUUUAUUGAUGGAGACUUAGAAUUGUUUAUUUCAAGACACAGUGAUGGACUAAUUGCAACUCCUUAUAGUUCACCGAGAUCUAUUUGCUCACCCUCUCAGUCCAAAAAUGGAAGCGCCACGCCUCGGCCAGUUCAUAUUUUAAAACCUUUAAUGUCACCACCUAGCCGUGAAGAAAUAAUGGCAACUCUUCUGGACCAUGAUCUCAUGGAAACAGUAUACCAAGAACCAUUUUUCAGCAAUCCUUCUGAUGCACCAGAGAAGCCAAGAGAGGUGGGAGGAAAAACGUUAACUGUCGAGACAAAACUAGCACACAAUCUUUCUGAGUUUGAAGGAGACUUUUCAAUGGAAGGUCUGAAGCUGUGGAAGACUGCUUUCUCUGCAAUGACACAAAACCCUAAGCCAAUAUCUCCUGGUCAAAUGAAUAGACAAGUCACUGAGCAAGCGACUAACGAGAUAAAUCCUGGUGAUGAUAAAAAGUUGGUGGUCAUGCCUUGCAAGAGUGCUCCUCCUCCUCAGAAAGUCCAGCUGUGGCUUCAGGCCAAAGAGCUUUAUGAGUCUUCUAAGACAUCAGACACUGCUCCAUUAACUCAAGUUACAAAUGACAAUAAGAAUACGACGAUAACUGUAGUACCUAGUGGUUGUAACAGCUUGCCUCCAAAGGAAAUUAAUAUUUUAUUGGCACAGCCUGCUAGUUUGGAAGAUCAACCUGUUAAUGAAGAAAAUUUAAAGAUUCAUAUAGCUAGCCCGCCGCCUUCUCUUCAUGGUUCUGAUGGGGAGGACGUAGAAGGGGGAAUUGAUGUGACUGUUGAAGAUGAAAUUGAAUCCACCGAAAGGACUAAUGAAAAUGAUGGAUGUAUUUCACCUAAUUCCUCAACAAUGACACCUUGGCAGAAUUUUGAUCAUAAGCAGUCUCCUAGAACUGAUGACAACUGUGCAGAUAAUUAUAAUCCAUCCUCCCCAACUGAAGAAUGUGGGCGAGAAGACAGUAAAAAGAGUCUGAAAACUGUAAAAAGUGAAAUCCAAGCAUUAUCAACCCCAUCUCCUCCUCCCUUUAAACAAAAGAAGCACAAAUCUAAACAUGCAUGUCUUCACAGUACACCAGUAACAGAAAGAAGGAUUGCAUCUCCUGAUGUGAUACCACUUACUCCUGUGACCAUCGAAGCACGUUCUCAGAAGAUGAGUCAGAGAAGAGGAACAAACCCUGAUAAACUGCGGAGAGUACUACUAACCACUCAAAUGAAGAAUCAGUUUGCUGCUUUGGGUCAUGUGAAGAAGGAAACGUCUCAGAUUGAGGGCCCUUCCCUGAAUAACUCCUAUGGUUUCAAAGUCAGUUCUCACAAUCUUCAAGAUGCAAAGGCCUUACAUGAGGUUCAGCACCUGACUCUUAUGGGCAUGGAGCUUCAUGCAAGAACUCGACGAGACUUGGAACCAGAUCCUGAAUUUGACCCAAUCUGCGCUUUGUUUUACUGUCUAUCUUCUGACUCUCCUUUGCCCCAAAGUGACAAAACACGGACUACUGGUGCAAUCGUUAUCAGCCAAGACUCUACUGCCAGUGAAGGUCGCAGAAGCCAGGCCCCAUUAUUCACCAGAUCUGGCAUCACGGGCUUCCAGAUCACAUAUGCUUCUGAUGAAAAGGAUUUGUUUCAAAAACUUUUAAACUUGAUCAGAAGGUAUGAUCCUGAUAUUCUUCUAGGAUAUGAAGUUCAAAUGCACUCCUGGGGUUAUCUUCUGCAGAGGGCCUCAGCCCUCAAUGUGGAUCUUUGCAAGCAGAUUUCCAGAAUACCUGAAGACAAAAAUGAGAAUCGGUUUACUACAGACAAGGAUGAGUAUGGCGCAGCCACAAUGAGCGAAAUCAAUGUAGUGCCGAAUUGUAUUGAAUGUUUGGAGGAUGAUGAAAACAGAGGUGGCUCUAACUAAUUAUACUUUUGAAAAUGUGGCCUUUCAUGUCCUUCACCAGAGGUUCCCUCUUUUUACUCUUCGGACAUUAUCAGAUUGGUUUGAUCAUAAAUCAGAUGUUUACAGAUGGCGGAUGACAGAACAUUACAUGAGCAGGGUGCAUGGGACUCUCCAGUUAUUGGAACAUUUGGACUUAAUUGGAAGAACCAGUGAAUUGGCGAGACUUUUUGGCAUUCAGUUUUUACAUGUUUUAACCAGAGGAUCACAGUACCGGGUUGAGUCAGUGAUGCUACGUAUUGCUAAGCCAAUGAAUUACAUCCCUUUAACACCCAGCAUCCAGCAGCGUGCUCAGAUGAGAGCCCCCCAAUGUAUCCCACUUGUAAUGGAGCCGGAGUCCAAAUUCUACAGCAACUCUAUUUUGGUUCUUGAUUUCCAGUCUUUGUACCCCUCUAUAGUGAUUGCAUACAACUACUGCUUCUCUACCUGCCUGGGGAACAUGGAGAACCUGGGGAAGUGUGAAGAGUGCAAAUUUGGCUGCACAUCGUUGUGUGUUCCCCCAGACCUGCUACAUCAACUUCGACAUGAUAUUACAAUAUCUCCUAACGGGGUUGCUUUUGUAAAGGCCUCUGUCAGAAAGGGGGUGCUGCCACGUAUGCUUGAAGAUAUUUUGAACACCAGGAUAAUGGUUAAGCAGUCUAUGAAAGAAUACAAACAUGACAAAAGCCUUACACGAAUGCUUGAUGCCCGUCAGCUUGGUCUGAAAUUAAUAGCCAAUGUAACUUUUGGCUACACUGCUGCUAACUUCUCUGGGAGAAUGCCAUGUGUGGAGGUUGGAGACAGCAUUGUCCACAAAGCUCGGGAGACCUUGGAGCGUGCUAUAAAGCUGGUCAACAGCACCAAGAAAUGGGGAGCCAAAGUGGUGUAUGGUGACACUGACAGCAUGUUUGUGCUGCUAAAAGGGGCUACCAAAGAACAGUCCUUCAAGAUUGGUCAAGAAAUUGCUGAAGCUGUCACUGCUACAAAUCCAAAACCAGUGAAAUUGAAAUUUGAGAAGGUUUAUCUCCCCUGUGUUUUACAAACCAAGAAAAGGUAUGUGGGUUAUAUGUAUGAAACUCUUGAUCAGAAGGAUCCUGUCUUUGAUGCAAAAGGCAUAGAGACUGUACGAAGAGAUGCUUGUCCUGCUGUUGGUAAGGUAAGCAAAAGAGUGAAUGCUAUUCUGCAUAUCUAUACUAUGCAGAUUGUAAUUCAGUUUAUCAGGAUCUGA